CAUAAACUAAGUGCUCUUUCGAGAAGAUAGUCGUAAGCUGGAACCAAAAAUAAAAAUGAAAUUGUUCGUGGUCUUCGCCUUGGUCGCGGCUGCUCUCGCCGCUCCCCAGCAAUACCCACAGGAUGUUCAGGUCGUCCGAUAUGAGCUGAACAAUGGCAGCCCGGACGCUUACAACUUUGCAUGGGAGCUGUCAGAUGGAAGCAAGCAUCAAGAACAAGGUCAGCUGAAGAACCAAGGAACAGAAAAUGAAGCUAUCUCCGUGCAGGGCCAGUACGCGUGGGUGGGCCCUGAUGGAGUGACGUACAUAGUGUCUUACAUUGCUGAUGAGAACGGCUUCCAACCCACCAUCGAGCAAGGCCCUGGAGGCGCCGUCCCGGCCGGCGUCAUCGCCUCUCUCGUUGGUUAAAUCAAUACCUCAACUUUGGCAGUAACGCCAUCAUGUAAAUAGUACAAAUUAAUGAAUGUGUAUAUAAUAUUUAUAUACUGAUUCAUUAGAAUAAUUAAUUAUACGUUUAUUUAAAAGACUUUCUAUUUUCUUUACUUACGAAUUCAUGAGAGAUCCUACACGAACUGUACCGCUGCUAGCACAAAAAACUUUCGAUUACGCAUUAGAUACAAGAAAAUGACUACUUGGCUGGAUAAUUUUAAUACUUACUACUUGGGGGACGCCUAUAACCCUUUCAGAC